AAAUGCAAUUGGCAUCUUAAAGGCUGAAGGGUACUGACGUAAGAGGCUAAUGUGGCCAAAGGAAAAGCAGCGAGAUGCACGCUGGAGACUGGGCAAGGGAGGUGUUUGUUAACCCGCGCUGAUUUCCUCAAAUUUCCUGUUUGUGUGAAAGCCUUGCCUUCCAAAACCAGAUCCGGGAGGUCACAGUCAUUGCACAUCCCACCAGUGUCCAAAACAAAAAAUCAUCAUCAUUUGCUUCACGUUACCGGAAGCUGCUGCUUGCAACUUCUUCUCUGUCCGGUCAAAUUGAAAGUCAGGACUCUUUCUCUCUCUUUCUCUCUCGCUCUGAAACCGCUGACAGCUGUGACGAUCGGAACUUCCACAGGCUUGUUGCAUGACGGAUGGACACGGUGAGUUCAGCGAUCAGACCCUUCCUACUUCCCAAGAGAGAGCCGGUGAGAGCUGACCACUUAUGGACGUCACGGGCUGAAGACUGACUGGUGCAAAGGCGCCUGAUGUUAUUAGGAGUUCUCGUUCCGCUUUAUGUGAGCCGAGAGCGGCCGGGGCUGAUCGACGGAAGGACUGUAACCGAAUUCCCUUCGCGCUGCUUCGCACUGUUGGACCGCCUCAUGAAAGUACCCGCUCUAUACUAAACAUUACCCCGACCAUCCUCAGAUCUAACACCUCAAGAAUGAGCAAGCCUGCCGGAUCAACAAGUCGCAUUUUGGAUAUUCCGUGCAAGGUGUGCGGGGACCGCAGUUCUGGGAAACAUUAUGGAGUUUAUGCUUGUGACGGCUGCUCGGGGUUUUUCAAGCGUAGUAUUCGUCGGAACAGAACCUACGUCUGCAAGUCAGGCAACCAGGGGGGCUGUCCCGUAGACAAGACACACCGAAACCAGUGCAGAGCUUGCCGGCUGAAAAAGUGUCUUGAAGUUAACAUGAACAAAGACGCUGUGCAACAUGAAAGGGGACCUAGGACAUCAACAAUAAGAAAACAGGUAGCCCUGUAUUUUCGGGGGCACAAGGAAGUAAAUGGAGGUGUUAAUCCUUAUCCAACAACUGCUUUACCUGGACCAGCUUUCUUCACUGCUGUCACCCAGUUAGAAACUCACAACAUUGAUCUCACUACGGGGUCUGAUCGCCAGGCGUUGGUCGGUUUACCACAACCAACUCCAAAGUACCCCCACGAGGUUAACGGCACACCAAUGUACCUGUAUGAAGUAGCGACCGAAUCCGUCUGCGAAUCCGCUGCCAGACUUCUCUUCAUGAGUAUCAAAUGGGCCAAGAGUGUACCCGCGUUUUCCACACUCCCGUUCCCGGAUCAGCUAAUUCUUCUGGAAGAUGCCUGGAGGGAACUUUUUGUUCUGGGAAUAGCGCAGUGGGCUAUUCCUAUCGAUUCGAGUACUUUACUAGCUGUAUCUGGGAUGAACAGUGAGAACACGGACUCGCAGAAGUUGAACAAGAUCAUUGCAGAGAUCCACGCCCUGCAGGAGGUGGUAGCGCGGUUCCGGCAGCUCCGGGUGGACGCCACCGAAUUCGCCUGUUUGAAAUGUAUCGUGACUUUUAAAGCGGUUCCUACUCAGAGUGGCUCAGAACUUAGAAAUUUCCGGAAUGCUUCAGCAAUCGCAGCAUUGCAGGACGAAGCUCAGCUGACUUUGAACAGCUACAUCCACACCAGAUAUCCAGCACAACCGUGCCGUUUUGGAAAGUUGCUUCUACUUCUGCCUGCUUUACGCUCGGUGAACCCCUCCACCAUUGAAGAGGUGUUCUUCAAGAAAACCAUUGGAAACGUCCCCAUCACAAGACUCUUGUCAGACAUGUACAAGUCCAGCGACAUUUAACUGGAAAGCUGUUCAUACAGAUAACCAACUUCACCGGUACCAUAAGUGAAACCUUCUUCGGCUUGUACUUGAGCUGGACUAACAGAACUCGCGGCCAUUACUAUCAAAACAAAACUUUCAUAAACCUCCAUAAACUGUGGCCGGGGAUUGUUAAUAACUGUGUAGCACUCCAUUCGUAUCUGAAAAUUGCCUGUCAUUUUAAAAUUAUUUCUGUUUGAACUUCGCCUUGAUUAGUGAGUUCAGUCUUGGAUGAUUUAUGUUACUUUCCCUUAAAAAAACACUGAAUGUUUGGCACACUUGACAUUUCAAUGUGAGCGCGUUUUCCUAUCGCUUGCGGUGAGCAAGAUGUUAAAAUCGGUCCCAGUUUAUCUUGUGUUCGGCGACUAGUCGGUUAGUCGACCCGUUUGAGCUGAGUUUGGAGCUAGACGGAAUUACAGUGUGGGGACUGUGGGUGCUUUCGAUGUGGCAAACGCUUAAUAGCUCCCUCAUGACUUGUUUCCAAUACACCACAUGCUAAACCACCAAGUGGGUUUCAUUACUGCGACCUCCUGCUAAGUUCUGUUCUGGUGAGUUCCAUUCUGUAAGAAAGCAGCCGCUUAGUCAAAAAUGUGAGAAGGUUCCUGCAUGGUUGUCUGGUAGCGGUGUUUCCUAGUAGAUCAUUUUAAUUUUUCCCCUUCUUUUAACAUCUCAAAGACGCUUUACAGAAAUGGGUGUGUGCUCGACACGUGUGCAAAUUAGACCAACCGAAUGGGAGGUGUGAACUGAAGGACCCUGCCCGCUGGUCGCUGUCCAGUGACUUAGUUCUGAAACCAGAAGGGGCGACAGUUCGAGAGAUAAAGCCAACCCGCAGGCAAAGCUGGAGCUCAGGCCAGCAGUUCCCAGCCCAGAUGGAAGGCCAUUGGAGAAUGUCCGACCUGUCACAGACUCGUUUAGAAGUGCCUUUCUUUAUUUUCUUGAGGUAUUUGGUGAAUCUGCCCAGCGACAGUCGGUGGGAGAAGGACGAUCCCACGUUCAACCAGGCCGUUCAUCGGGAACGUUGUUUCAUCUUUCAGCACGGGGGUCAGUGAAAUAGCACUGACGAAAUCAGCACUUGGACAUACUCUCACGGAACGUAUGUUGAGCCGUUCUGUUGUACAAGGAUCAAAUGUAAUUGAGUUGUCAAAGCUAGGACUCUUGUAAUUCAUUUGAAAUAGAGGUUAAUUCUACAAUUAAAUAUCGAUGUUCAGAACUAGUAACGGAUGUUCUGCUA